AUGACUCCCCCUCGUGGCAGGAAGCGGAAAGCAUCGAAUGCUUCAUCCACGUUACAAGUGCCCACAGAGCCAAAACGAGGUCGCUCAGCAAGCCCUCGACCGUCGUCGGGCUUCGCUACCCUCAAGAACGCCGUCAGCGGACUGUUUGCAAGCAACACGCCAGACCCAACGAAUCCGGUUCUUAACGGAGCCAGCAUAGCUACCAAACCCAAGCCAGCACUAGGAGACUUCUUCAGAGGCAUUGCCAGUCAGUCUGGUCGCCUGGGUGAGAAUGUUGGGCUGAUCUCUUCCUUCAUUGAUACGGAGCUGUUCAGUGGAGGCUAUGCGGACGACAGGAAGUAUCAGAUGGAGCAAAUCCUACGUCUGGCAGCUUCCUUGCCAGUGGGCUCACAGCAGCUGGAUGAUCUGACGACAAAAUUCAUCAAGCUUCUAUGGAAUAAUUUGGAGCACCCUGCGUUGUCCUUCGAAGGCAACGAGUUCAAAUAUCGCAAAGCGGAUGGCUCGAACAACAACAUUAUGUACCCUCACCUAGGUCAGGCGGGCUCUUUCUAUGCUAGGACUGUGACACCACAGACUCUGCAGCCCGGCGUACUUCCUGACCCGGGCCUGAUCUUCGAUACCGUAUUUGCUCGUCGCGAAGAAGGCGCACGGGAGCAUCCCAACAAGAUUUCUAGCAUGCUGUUCUAUCUGGCAACGAUCAUUAUCCAUGAUUGCUUUCACACCGAUGAGCGAGAUCCUAACAGAGUGCUGACUUCGUCUUACCUGGACUUGGCACCGUUGUAUGGUAGCAGCCUGGAACAGCAGAAGGGAAUCAGGACUCUCAGGAAUGGGCUGCUGAAACCAGACACUUUCGCAGAGAAUAGGGUUCUCGGGUUCCCUCCUGGUGUUGCCGCCAUACUGGUCUGCUUCAACAGGUACCAUAAUUACGUCGCCCUACAGUUGAAGACUAUUAACGAAGGUGGCCGCUUCAAUGAUCCGGCCGAUGACAACGAUACCAAGGCCGUGCUUGCGCUAGACGAGGAACUGUUCCAGACAGCUCGUCUAGUGACGUGUGGUCUAUACAUCAACAUCAUCCUGAUUGAUUAUGUCCGGACUAUACUCAAUCUGAACCGCUCGAACUCGACUUGGACUCUGGACCCACGCAGGACCGAGGAGGUCUACGACAUUGAUGGUACGCCGCGCGGUAUUGGCAAUCAAGUCAGCGUGGAAUUCAACCUGCUAUACCGCUGGCAUUCGGCUAUCAGCAAAAAGGACGAGCAGUGGACAAAAGACAUCUACGAGGAAAUCAUGGGCACAAGUGACUUCGACUCGAUCACGGAGAAAGAUCUGGGCCACAGAUUGCACGCUUGGGUCGCCAAGCAAGGUGAAGAUCCUUCUGCGUGGCUAUUGGACAAUGGCAAGUAUGCUCGAAAUGAACGCGGGUGCUUCGAUGACGAGGAUCUCGUCAAUAUCUUGGCAGAUGCUACAGAGGAUGUGGCCGGUGCUUUUGGUCCCCGAAACGUGCCCGUGGUCAUGAAGCUGAUCGAAACUAUGGGCAUGAAGCAGGCUCGGAAGUGGCACGUCGCUACGCUCAAUGAGCUGCGAUCAUUCUUCAAACUAGAGCCUCACAAAACAUUCAGCGACAUCACGCGCGACGAGGAUACAGCCCAGACGCUAAAGACUCUGUACGGCCAUCCGGACUACGUCGAGAUGUACCCUGGUUUAGUAGCUGAGGAUGCGAAGGAGCCGAUGGAGCCUGGCUCAGGUCUCUGCCCUGGCUACACUAUCUCCCGCGCUAUACUCGCUGAUGCCGUCGCCCUGUCACGUGGAGAUCGGUUCUACACAAUUGACUACACUCCAGCGACACUCACGAACUGGGGCUUCAAUCAGGUCAAGUCGGACCCUGAUGUUGCUCAGGGCUGUUGCUUCUACAAUCUCGUCAUGAGAGCUUUACCAAAUUGGUUUCGUGGCAGCUCCGUGUACGCCAUGUUCCCGUUCACCGUGCCAGAGGAGAACAGGAAGAUCCUAUCGAAGCUUGGUCAGGAGGAGAAUUACAACUUCGAUCGCCCGAGCUUGAUCGGCAUUCCAACAUCCAUCAAGUCAUGGAAAGCUGUCACCUCGAUUUUGCAGGACACCAGUCGCUUUGCUGUUCCAUGGGGACCACAUACUUUCGAUCUCACCGGGCACGACUAUAUGCUCAGCGGUGACAAGAAGUUUAACUUCGAGGAGAAGAAGCAGAUCGGCAAGAAUGUGUAUGGCUCGGAGUAUCCCGUCCUCAGCGACACUAUGAAGGAACGUCUUAAGGAGGUGCAAAAGUUCUACGAGGACCUGACCACGCAACUCGUCACUGUCCGCUCGGAGGUCCUCUUGAAGGACUGGUACCAACUGGAUGCCGUGCGUGACGUUGGCAAUGCAGCACACGCCAUCUUCAACGCAAAGAUGUGGCACAUUCCACUCCGUGGCCCAGAUGACACUAAUCCGCUGGGCGUUACUGUUGAUCAGAUGUAUCUGGCAUUUUCUGUCAUGUUCGCAUACGUCUUUCUGGAUCUCGACACUGCUCGUUCUUUCAAGCUGCGACUUGGCGCGAAGCAGUCCGGCGACCAGAUCGCGAAGCUACUCAAAAUCGUUUGCACAGCUAUUCAAGCCGACAGCUAUCUGCAUGUCAGUGACCUCUUCCGGAUGGGUCAUGCCGGAAAGAUGCUAAGCGAAUUCGGCACGCGCUUGGUUCGACGUCUGUUCGCAGACGGAAGAUCUGUGGACGAGGUGGUAUGGACAAUCAUUCCCACUGCGGCCGCUUCUAUCGCCACACAAGCCCAGCACUUUGGCCAGAUGAUCGAUCUGUAUUUGUCUGACGAGUACUACCAUCACUGGGCGGAUAUCCGAGCAUGUGCCUGGUCUGACUCCGAGGAAGACUUCGAGAAGCUGAAGAAGUACGCUCUGGAAGCGAAUCGUCUCCGCCCUGCAGCUUUCGGCCUCCUGCGCAAGUCGCGCGUUGACAUGACCAUCAGCGACGGUGGCAAGCCCGUCAAGAUUCAGACGGGUGAUACUCUGUACACUGAUUUCGUCUCUGCUGGCAUGGACCCGGAAGUGUUCCCCAAUCCGCUCGAGAUCGACAUCACGCGUGACCACAGUCUGUACGUUCACCACGGCUACGGGGCUCACGAAUGUCUCGGCCGACCUGUCGUUGAGGUGUUCGCCAAGCUCAAGGACCUCAGGCGCGCACCUGGUCCGGCAGGCAAGAUCAAGAGCACAGUACCUCCACCAAAUCCCGUCAGCAGCGAUCCGCACGAUAACCCUGGUCGCAUCGAGGCGUUCAUGAAAGAAGACUGGAGUGAUUGGUGGCCGUUCCCAACAACGCUGAAAGUGCAUCAUUCUGGUUUCUUCGAAAGCCAGUCCGAAUUCCUGAGUGCUGACACGGGAGUGCCGGGCAUGAAAAGUGAUAUUGAAAUGAGCGACAUGGCUGCCAACGGGUUUGGCAGCAAUGGUGUCCGGCCGCCGCACCGGAGCACGAUCAUUAGCACACGCGCGCUGCCUCCCCCGCCGCUGUCCGGCCAUGGCACCCUCAACCACAAUUCGCCGCCUCCUCCGCGAGACUAUCGAGCUCUCCGAUUCAUCCCCGAACCCAACACCCGUCCAUUCCACGCCGCACCCGUAUCCGACGAAGAUCUCCACGAAUGGCAUUUCACCCUACUCGGCCCUCCCGCGCCCUCGCCCUACGCAGGCGGUCUCUACCACGGUCGCAUCACGCUUCCGCCACAAUACCCACUCAAGCCACCCAACUUCCGCUUCCUCACACCUUCCGGCCGCUUCGAAGUGAACCGAGAGAUCUGCCUGAGCAUAUCCGGGUUUCAUGAAGAGACGUGGAUGCCGGCGUGGGGCGUGCGGACUGCGUUGACGGCGCUGCGGACGUUCAUGGCGGAGCCGGGCACGGCGGGGCAGGUGGGCGGGUUGGAGCGCCAGAGCACUGAGGGAAAGACGAAUGAGGAUAUUAUGAAGGAGUGGUGGGAGAGGUGUAGGGAGAAGGGAGUGAAGGUUGACGAGGAGGGCGAGGAUGUGGGUUUGGAGGUGUUGCCGGAGGGCAUGAAUGUUGAGGCGCGGAGUAUGGACAAGGGAAAAGGGAAGGAGGGGCCGCAAUUGGAUGCCAGCAGCCAAACACCCAUCCCGGGCGCACCACAACCACCGACUCAGCAGGGAACCGUAGCACCAAUAGCGCAGCCACAUCCGCAACCACAAUUGUCAAUACAAGGCCAACCACAACAGCAACCGCUACCGCCACCAACGUCGUUACCAGCAUCCUCAUCACCACCAAACACCCAACCCGCCUACUUCUCCACCACUCCAACACCCGAGCAAACUCAGCGCGCCGCCGAAGCACGCCUAACCCCGUCCGACUAUCCUUCCACCGAAGCCGAGCACCAACAACAGCAGCAACGGGCACAACAACGACCGAUGCUUAAUCUGCAUCGCCCACCACUGGCUGCUGCUAGCGCCGCGCUUGCCGAAGCUGCGGCUUUGCAGACUGUCGCUGAUCAUCGGCGGGAAGUCAUGCAGCAACAGCAAGAGCCGCCAACGACUGUGACUAUCGAUCGAGCGAUCGCCGGGGUGUUCUUGAUGCUGGUGCUGAUGGUAUUGAAAAAGAUCUUCUACCAUCAGGCAUGGUGCCGGCGGGAUGGGACGGGGUUGGGGGAGGCGCAGCUGGUGGUGGUGCAGGGGGUUUUGAGCGCGAGUUGUGAUUUUCGUGUGAGGGAGAGCCUUGCGGAAGAUGGGUAA